UCACAGCAACCACAAAUCUGUGCAUGCGCUCAAGCCUGCCCAGUAGGUGCAGCUUGAGUUGUGCAUGUGAUGAUAAGUCAAACACAGAACCUGGUUUCUUCCCUAUGGAAGAAAGGAGACCUAUCCUUGACGUGGAUGGAUAGCGUCGGCGGUUGGCCGUACAGAGACCGAAAGAGGAGAUCUGUUUGGAGAUAAAUCCUACCGAGGUAAGUCACCUACAGAGCUGCCGCUACACAUAUGAAGGAUGAGGCUGCUGCUUUCUCCUGGCGGGAUGCGGAGAACUAGAGGAUGGCCGGAAGUGUGUGACCUAAAUUAUAGUGUGCCAGCACUGGCCCUGGCUGCAGCCAUGCCUCUUCUGGAAGAGACCACUGUCCCUCGAGAGCACCCCCCCACACUGCCUGUAGUCAUAAUUGGUAACGGGCCGUCUGGCAUCUGCUUGUCCUACCUGCUGAGUGGCUACAAGCCCUACCUGGACCCGGCAACUGUUCACCCAAACCCUGUUCUGUACAGGAAGCUACAGGAGACCAAACACCUGCCGAUCACUGAACAGGAUCUGGAGUAUCUGAGUGAAGGCCUCGAGGGGCGGUCAGGAAACCCUGUAGCGGUGCUGUUUGACACCCUGCUGCACCCAAAUGCCGACUUUGGCUAUGAGUUCCCCCCUGUGCUGCAGUGGAGACGAGACAAGCAGCAGCACGUCCCUCACCUGGUGCUGGGAAGGGCAACACCUGGGGGGGCUUGGCAUGCGAUGGAGGGUUCUAUGCUGACCAUCAGUCUGGGCAUCUGGAUGGAACUGCCAGGAAUCAACUACAGAGACCUGACUAGCAAUGGGAAACGCAGGGGUGUGACCAAUGACCGGGCCACUCCAGAAGAGAUCUCCUCUUAUUACCGUAACUAUGUCAAGCUGAUGGGCCUGAAGAAAAACUUUGUUGACAACAUCUAUGUUACCUCGGUGCAGAAACUCUUCCGGGGUCAUGAGGAGGAAGGCCUAGAGAAUGGUUAUGGAGGGAAAGUGGAUGUGGUGCUGGGGGACGGGGGAAAGGCGGUGUACGAGGGGAGUGAGGGUGAUAGAGUGGGCGUAGACGGAGGGGGAGGUGGGGGCCUGUGGGAGGUAAGGGGGUACCAGCGGGUACAAGGUGACACCCAUGUUCCUUUCUGCCUGUUUUCUGAAAAUGUUGUUCUGGCAACGGGUGCAUCUGAUUCGCCAGUUCAUCUGGGCGUGGAGGGAGAGGACCUUCCCUUCGUUUUCCACUGCAUCUCUGCCCUGGGAUUGGCUGUGAGCCGACGGAAGCUUGGGCCGAACUCUGACCCAGUGCUGAUUGUGGGGGCGGGGUUAAGUGCAGCAGAUGCAGUUUUGUGUGCUUGUAACAACAACAUUUCCGUGCUCCAUGCCUUCCGCAAACACACAGAUGACCCUGGUCUCAUCUUCAAACAACUUCCCAAGACCCUGUACCCAGAAUACCACAAGGUCUACCACAUGAUGUGCUCCCAGACCCACAUUACAACAAAAACAGCCGCCACUUCAGCCACCGGUGGCCUUCCCAGCAUGGCGGCCUCUGUGUGCUCCAAGAUGUGCUCUAAGCCCCAACACGCCAAGACCAGCGUGGUCACUGGCGGUGGCCCUGUUCUGUUCCCAGAUUACACCAGCUUCCCAGAGCACUGUGUGGUGUCCUUCCAGCCAGACAUGAAGUGUGUCCUGCAGGGAAGCAACUCCCUCAAGGCCUUUAAGAUCUCCAUGGCCCUGGUGCUCAUUGGCACCUACCCCAACCUGUUCUUCCUCAAGGACCAGGGCCAGUAUCUGGGACUGGACCCCACCAAGCCCAUCUCCUGCAAGCAGAACCCAAUGGACGUGCAUCCCUACACAUUCGAGUGCACCAAGGAACCUGGCCUGUUCGCCAUGGGUCCACUGGUGGGAGACAACUUUGUUAGAUUCCUGAAGGGCGGCGCUCUAGGCAUUGCCUCCUGCCUGCUCAAGAGACUGAAGAAGAAAGGCAAGCUUAUCGCUGACGGAGGUGGAGGAGAGAGGGGGGGUGACUUUAUCUAGGUGUGGAUGGUGAGGAAGGAGCUGGAAAAUGAAAUGCGAAAGAAGAGGGAUCAACAUUUGGGUAAACAGAGUAAAAGACUGGAAGAGAGGUAUAUAAAAUGAGGAUGGUAGGAACAAAGAGAUCAUUGGAAUAUAAAGAGACAAAGGAUGAUGGAGGAGAGAGAGGGAAUGAGGAGAAAGGGAGAGCAGGGAGGUGAAAAAGAGGAGGUUUUGAUGGAUAAUCACCAGUUAUGCUCCUGUGAGAGUGGAUUAUGGGUUGGUACAGUGCUUAUGGCAGGUGAAAUAACCCUGUUAUGAUGCUUGAAAUUACUCUACCUAUGAUUGUUUACAUUUUUAUGCUUUAUAACCAUGUUUUGUUUGUCAUAAGACUUGAUUGUCAUUAUAUGACACUUUUAUUAGUGUUGUUGGCUUUCUAAUAACUGUUUCAACUGAUAUCAAUACCAACAGUCAUGAGUUGGCAAGCUCAAAAGCCAAACUCAAAGCCAAACUUUAAAAAAAGAGAUAUAUAUUUUCAUUAUGUAUGCAGUGGAGAAAUCUAUUUAAACUCUCAAGCUUUCUUUCCACUUCUGAGAUAAUUGAAAACAAUGGGAGAGGAGGCAGCCCAGAUGUACUAAACUAGGCUCAGUUCAGCCCACCACCUGACUAUACCUUUUGGGUAUCUACUGGGAAGGGAAGCUAUCAGACAGGGGUUAGCAUGUCCUCAAAGUUGUUCUAUUCAGGAGUCCAAUCUGCAGUGUGCCAAUGUAUUUUGUUGUUGUACUUGCGUGACAUUUUGUAACUUCUACUGGACCUUAAUAUCUUGAGUUUUUAUUUUAAUUUGCUGACUGUCUUUUUCAUUGAAAUUGCAUUUACGGAUUUCCCACCUGUCAGUUUACACCUUUUUUAAACAUUCUCUUUGAUGGCCUUCACCAUGAGAUGAAUAGUGAAUAACUACAACUACCCUUAAGUCUUCAAGGAACUGGAACCUUGUAGAGAUGUCUAUCUACUUGACUGCCAUCAUCUCAGUCCAGGCUACAGACACCCAGCAGUCCCUGGCAGACAAGGAUGUAAUAGAAAAAUUUAAGUAACGCAUCAGCAACUGAUGAACACCACCUUUCUAAUUAGACUUUAGGUUAGAACACUCCUCAAUGCUUUUCCUAUGCAAACCAUUUCACUCACACACCACAGACUGGAAUGUAUUCUGGAUCCGAUAACUCAUUGUCAAGUUACUAUAUGUCAGCUUGAAUACAGUUGACCCACCUUCUUGUCCUCCAAAAUUCUACAUAGUUCGCUCAAUUUCUGUUCAGUUGAGAAAAAAAAACACUGAAUAGUUUUGGGAAUUAUUGUGCCAUUUAUAUCGCUAUGAAAUAUCUUUAAAAUAUGAAAAUAUAGUAUUUACAACUUGGUCAACCAAGAUAAGGAACUUAUCUUACUUGCCACAAUUGUGAGGUAAUUGGUUCUAUAAUGGACUUCAGAAUAUUCAGUGAAUAUUUGGUUUCUCUCAUCAAUAUCCAUAUGUAGAGAAACUGACUAGCGAGUGAAUGUCCACGACCAAUGUUACCUAGCUUAAGUGGGUAAUUUUAAUUCAAAGUGUUAUUGUUGCAAUUCACAUAGUGUCCGCAUGGAGAAUAAAUUCUACAUAUUGCCUCUUUAAACGCACAAAUCCUGGUUGCCAUUAAAGAGUAACUGUUUUGUCUGAAUCCAGAUCUGUAUAAUAUCCUCUGUGACAUUUUACAUUCAAUGUCACUUUUACACAGCCACCAUACGCCUCAUGUUUCUCUGUCAUUUCAAAUACCUGUAACUGUGUGAAAAGCUGUGAGGACUGAGGGUAGAGAUUAAGUAAUUUAUUCAUCCAGUCAGCCACCUUUGAGAUGUGUGUGUGUGUGUAUCCAUAAAGAGUUCCUCUCCGCAUGCAGCUAUAGAUUACCCAACAGAAUGAAGCUGCAUGCAGGAAAGUAAAAAACAACUACAAUUGUGGAAUUAAGAUAAAAUAUAGAUUGUUUAUGAGCUCAGCUUACUGAUCAGUUCUUGAUUAAUAUGCCCUGGCCCUUUGGGACUACAUGUAGAUCUGAAAGGAUGAAACAAAGUUGUAGCCACUCCGGAUACAUGUCAGAUCUAAACAGUAUGUGCAUUGGUGGAUAGUUGAAACAAUAACAAAGCAUCCUCCCUAAAGAUAAAUGCUAAAAAAAAAAGAAGAUAAAAACCACUAGGACAUUUAGAGUUAUGGGGAAAGGACUGAUCAUGCAUGCUGAUGAAAUUAUAUUUUCAAUGGUGUUUUGAGGCUGUAGAAUGCUUGUUUACAUUUACUUUUCUUUUUUCUUUUUUACAAAUGUUCGAGUCAAACAAGCUGACAUUUUAUGAUGUGAUUGGGUCAAACAGUUACACUAAACUUAGGAGGUGUAAGUUAAAUUCUUCAAGAAUCAGUAGAUGACCAACUGUGUGGUCUAACCAGGGUUUUGUACCACUGUCUUACUAUUGUAUACAACAUCAUACCAGU